AGGGCCGAAGAGAAGAACAGGAAGAGAAGUCAGACUGUCGGGUGGUGAAGCUGUCGAUACAUCGUGUCAGUGUUUAGCUCUUUUCAAAUGAUUCUUGUGAAGUUUGGCUGAGAUAUGGGGCAGCUAUUGCGUGUCCGGACACGGAGGUGAGACGCAUGUGGGCUUCACCUGACAUUGCCUUCAGAGGACUUCAUUUGUACUCUCCUCGGUUUGAGAAGCCUCUCGUGUUUUCUCCAUGGGCUAUGGAGAGCUCCGUCGAAGCAACUGUGGAUUGCCCAGAGAUCAAAGUUGAAAGCCCAGAGGAACCUCUUCUCAUUCUGGAGGAGGGCGAUGAACCGUCGGAUCUGAUAAUCAACAGAGAGCGAGGACGGACAGUGCUGAGAGUUAAGAAAAGUGAUGAGGACGAAAUCGAUGAUACCGUUAGAGAAGACGCGCGUGACCACAACAAUGUGCAACGAGAAAAACAUGACAGCGAAGUAACAGAAGCCGAAAGGAACGAAGAGGGUGGCGUCAAUCCAGGAGGUCAACGGGAGAGAAAGGUGGACGGGUGUGAAAAUAUUACGAAAAUGGAUGAGAGAUUGUGUGGAGGAACGCGAGAGACAGCUGUGAAGAUGCCACAAGAAGAAACACAGGAACCAGAGGAGACCAACACGGAUAUGUCGACUCGAGAUAAACCGACCGCUCAAGCAGACGUUAAGCUGCGGCCCAAAGACAGACUGAGGCCUGAUGAUGCAAAGCAGACGAGAAUAUCCGAUUCUCCGGAUGCUCUGUGUGAGCUGCUGUACGCUUUACAAGAGGGCAGAAGAUUUAAUGACCAGCGCUGUUCUUUUCAACUGGAGCGGCGCAGAAGAUGUUACUCUGAACCGAGCACACCGCGCCACAGCCAGAGAGUGGUCUUCUCCUCCAUGACUUCACUGCAGAAGGAUGAGUUCUUCGAUUUGCUGGAGACCUCGCAGGGUCGCCGUCUCAAUGACCAGCGAGCAGAGCUCCAGGACAUUCCUUCUGUCCCCCCGCCCCCCAAACCCAAACAGAGAAAAGGCAGCUGUAAGGUCACGGAGGUCAGCCGAACGGUUCCCACACAAACGCCCAAAGAGGACUUGUACAACAUGAUCGUGGUCUCGCAAGGGCAGGGCCGUAUCGAGGAGCAGCGCUGCUCAGCUCCGGGGCCGAUGGACGACGAAGAUUUCUUCUCUUUGCUGUUAAAGGUUCAGGGCGGUCGAAUGGAUGAACAGAGAACAGAUCUCAAACCUGCUCAUUUAUAGAUGAUGUGAGAACCAAACAAAAGGUUCCUGCUAGUUCUGGGCCUGUUGUCAUGUUAUGCAAUGUGUGAGUUUAUGAAUCUUUCCUGUCCAAAAACGAAUAACUAAGAACAUUGCACUACUUCUCAAUAUUGCCACAUUGACUGCGCUUCAAAUAUCACAGCUUGAUAUUGAUAACGGAUGGGAGACUUACAGUAUACAGUAGCUCUUGCUUUAAAGGAAAUUUGAAGGAUUUCUGCAUGUUUCUAUAGUAUGCACAUGCCCUGCUACAGUAUCUAAAUAAAACCAAAGGUGUAAUUGUGGUCAAAUGAUGUGAACUAUGGCCUUUUAUAUUAUGAUAACAAAUACACAAAUGAAAAGGGUCGUUUAAAGAUUUUAUGAAACUUAUGAAAUAACAAAUAU